CUAGUUGCUUCUUUUUUAUUUAUUUAUUUUUUAUUAGUUGAGCUAAAAAAAAAUUCAAUCGCUCAGUUUCGCAACACACCUGCCACAUACCAGUGAGUGAAAGGCACGGUUCUUGAACCCAUCAGUUCCUUUUUUGUCUCAUCCUAGCCAGUCAAGUUUUACCGAUUUAGGAUGCAAACUUGCGCGAAAUCGUGGGGUCUGGUCGCCUCCAGGUGCCUUGGUCUCGAUGCUCCCUUGGUGAGGCUGUGCAGCCACCGGCGAGGAUGGAGAGGAGCUGCUGCCGUCGUCGCCGCCGAUGUGUGCGCCUCGCGCCACGGAAGGUUGGUUACCGCGCGCGGGAUCGCGACCUCCGCGGCGUGUCUGUCCCGGCGCAUCGAACAACUGCUUCCUCGUCACGAUGACUUCUCGGAGCGGCAUAUCGGCCCGGGGGACAAAGAGAAGAGGGAAAUGCUCGACGUUCUUGGAUUUGGGGGCAUCGAUGAAUUAAUUAAGAGCACCGUACCAGAUAGCAUCCGUUUGCGAAGAAGUUUGAAAAUGGACGACGCUGUAUGUGAAAAUGAGAUUUUGGAUUUGCUGCACAAAAUAGCGAGCAAAAACAAGAUAUGGAGAUCCUACAUUGGUAUGGGUUACUACAACUGUUCUGUGCCACCUGCUAUUCAGAGAAAUCUACUGGAAAACUCUGGAUGGGUCACACAGUAUACCCCUUACCAGCCUGAAGUGUCUCAGGGCAGACUGGAAAGCUUACUUAACUAUCAGACAAUGGUUUGUGAUCUGACCGGAAUGGAUGUGGCCAAUGCAUCCCUACUGGAUGAAGGAACUGCAGCAGCAGAAGCCAUGCAGUUGUGUCACAGGCACAACAAAAGAAGAAAAUUUUACAUAGACCCACGAUGUCACCCCCAGACGAUAGCAGUUGUACAAACAAGAGCAAAUUAUAUAGGUGUGACAACAGAACUGAAGAGGCCUAAUGAAAUGGAUUUUAGCACCAAAGAUGUCUCUGGUGUAUUGUUUCAGUAUCCAGACACAGAAGGCAGUGUUGAAGACUUUACAGGGCUUGUGGACAGAGCCCAUCAGAAUGGGGCUCUGGCAUGCUGUGCAACUGAUUUGUUAGCCCUGUGUAUAAUAAGGCCACCUGGUGAGUUUGGGGUAGACAUUUCCCUUGGCAGUUCCCAGAGGUUUGGGGUGCCUCUUAGUUAUGGAGGACCUCAUGCAGCUUUUUUUGCUGUAAAGGAGAAUCUGGUUAGAAUGAUGCCAGGAAGAAUGGUGGGCGUCACAAGAGAUGCUGCAGGUAAAGAGGUGUAUCGCUUAGCCCUUCAGACCCGUGAGCAACACAUUAGAAGGGAUAAAGCUACUAGCAAUAUAUGCACAGCCCAGGCUUUACUUGCCAACAUGGCAGUCAUGUUUACAAUCUAUCAUGGAUCGCAGGGACUUAAGCAUAUUGCAAGAAGGGUGCAUAAUGCUGCAGUCAUUCUGGCUGAAGGGCUGAAGCGAGCAGGACACAAAUUAGAGCAUGACCUGUUCUUUGACACCUUAAAGAUUCAAUGCGGUGUACCAGCGAAAGAAAUACUGCUAAGAGCAGCUCAGCGUCAGGUCAACAUUCGAGUCUACAGUCAUGAUGUGCUUGGUGUUUCUUUGGAUGAGACCGUAACAGAGAGGGAUUUAGAUGAUCUUCUGUGGAUAUUUGGCUGUGAAUCCUCUGCUGAACUGACUGCAGAAAAAAUAGGUGACGACAUGAAAGGAAUCCUUGGAACUCCGUUCAAGAGGACCAGCAAAUUUCUUUCACAUACAGUUUUUAACAGUUAUCACUCUGAAACAAAUAUUGUUCGAUACAUGAAAAAACUUGAAAACAAAGAUAUUUCUUUAGUGCACAGCAUGAUACCUUUGGGGUCUUGCACAAUGAAACUGAACAGUUCUUCAGAACUAGCUCCAAUUACCUGGAAGGAGUUUGCAAACAUUCAUCCAUUUGUGCCAUUAAAUCAAGCUGAGGGCUACCAGCAACUUUUUAAGGAGCUAGAACGGGACUUGUGUGAAAUAACGGGAUAUGAUAAAAUCUCAUUCCAGCCAAACAGUGGAGCACAAGGUGAAUAUGCUGGCUUGGCUGCCAUUAAAGCUUACCUAAAUGCAAAAGGGGAAGCUCACAGAACGGUUUGUCUCAUUCCAAAAUCUGCCCAUGGCACAAACCCGGCCAGUGCUCAAAUGGCAGGAAUGAAAAUCCAGUCUGUUGAAGUAGAUAAAGAUGGAAGUAUUGAUAUUGUGCAUCUAAAAGCCAUGGUGGAUAAACACAAAGAGAACUUGGCUGCCAUAAUGAUCACGUAUCCCUCUACAAAUGGCGUGUUUGAGGAGAAUAUCAGUUCCAUCUGUGAUCUGAUCCAUGCUCAUGGGGGGCAGGUAUACCUGGAUGGUGCCAAUAUGAACGCCCAGGUAGGCCUUUGCCGUCCCGGAGACUACGGCUCAGAUGUCUCUCAUUUGAACCUUCACAAAACAUUCUGCAUUCCUCAUGGUGGAGGAGGGCCAGGGAUGGGACCCAUUGGAGUAAAGAAGCACCUCGGCCCCUUCCUGCCCAGCCACCCUGUCAUACCACUGCAGGCAGAUGAUAAUGCUCGUCCUUUGGGUACCAUUAGUGCUGCUCCAUGGGGAUCAAGUGCAAUCUUACCGAUCUCCUGGGCUUACAUUAAGAUGAUGGGGGCCAAAGGUCUAAAACAUGCAACAGAAAUUGCAAUCUUGAAUGCAAACUACAUGGCAAAAAGGCUAGAAAGCCAAUACAAAAUUCUUUUCAGAGGCUCAAGAGGAUACGUUGCUCAUGAAUUUAUUCUAGAUGUCAGACCAUUUAAGAAAUCAGCAAACAUUGAAGCAGUAGAUAUUGCUAAAAGACUCCAAGAUUAUGGGUUUCAUGCACCUACCAUGUCAUGGCCAGUAGCGGGCACCCUGAUGAUUGAGCCAACAGAAUCUGAAGAUAAGGCAGAGCUGGACAGAUUCUGUGAUGCCCUCUUAAAUAUUCGACAGGAAAUUGCUGAUAUUGAGGAAGGACGGGUGGAUUCGAGGAUUAACAUUCUAAAGAUGGCACCUCACACACUGGCCUGCAUUUCAUCAUCUACCUGGGAUCGCCCAUAUCCUAGAGAAGCCGCUGCCUUUCCACUACCUUUUGUAAAGCCAGAGACCAAAUUUUGGCCCACCAUUGCUCGCAUUGAUGACAUUUAUGGAGAUCAGCACUUGAUGUGCACUUGCCCCCCAAUGGAAGUUUAUGAAUCCCCCUUUGAACAGAAAAGAGCUUCUUCAUGAAUGGACAGCGGUUUGUGUUUUUUUUUUUUUAAAACAAAUGUUUCCCUCUGGAUGUUGGACAUAAAACUCUGGAGCUGUGCUGAAAACGGGCCAAGGAAUUUGAAUAUUUUCAUUCAUGCUGCUAAGAUUGAGAAGGAAAUCAUACAAAUAUUUCUGGUGCCAAGUUUUCUGUAUUGCUGUGCCUCAGAUUUCUUUUAUUAUUAUUUUUUAUGCAUUCUCUAGCAUAUGCAAAUAAUGGCCUUGGAACAUUUCUGAGCAAUAUGUUAGCGGUUUAAAGCUGGCCCUGUCCUAGUUUACUUCGUUUUAUGUACCCCAUGUGGAACUGCUAGCUUCAUUGUAGUUGGCAGCAAUGGUUUUAUUUUUUAUUUUUAAUUUAGAAAAGGAGUAAACUAAUCUCAUGUUUAUAGGAUGGGGUUUUUUUUUGUUUGUUUUUUUAAACAUUUUGAGAUUUUACACUUUCUAUUGUAGCAUACCAAUAAACACAUACAGCUUUCAGAA